AUGUCGGCCGACCCUAAACCCUCCGUGGUUCUCGAGGCCCACGAGGUCGACACCUUCCACGUUCCCCAAGCUUUCCACGACAAGCACCCCACUGGCACCCACCUGAAGAAUAUCGAUGAAUACAAGAAGCUCUAUGAAGAGUCAAUUCGCAACCCCGACACUUUCUGGGCUCGCAUGGCUCGUGAGCUGCUCACUUUCGACAAAGACUUUCAGACCACACACCACGGCUCCUUCGAGAACGGCGACAACGCCUGGUUCGUUGAGGGUCAAUUGAACGCCUCUUUCAACUGUGUCGAUCGUCAUGCGUUGAAGAACCCCGAUAAGGUUGCCAUCAUCUAUGAGGCCGACGAGCCCAAUGAGGGCCGCACUAUUACAUACGGCGAGCUUCUGCGCGAGGUUUCUCGAGUAGCCUGGACUCUGAAGCAGCGCGGUGUCAAGAAGGGUGACACUGUCGGAAUUUACCUUCCCAUGAUUCCCGAGGCUGUCAUUGCUUUCCUAGCCUGUUCCCGUAUUGGUGCUGUCCACUCAGUUGUUUUCGCCGGUUUCUCAUCCGACUCACUCCGUGAUCGUGUCAAUGACGCCAACUCCAAGGUUGUCAUUACUACUGAUGAGGGCAAGCGUGGUGGUAAGGUCAUUGGCACCAAGCGCAUUGUCGACGAGGCGCUCAAGCAGUGCCCUGGUGUUUCCACCGUGCUUGUCUACAAGCGUACUGGCGCUGAGGUUCCAUGGACCCCAGGCCGUGAUAUCUGGUGGCACGAGGAGGUUGAGAAAUACCCUAACUAUCUGGCCCCAGAGCCUGUGAACUCAGAGGAUCCUCUGUUCCUUCUUUACACUUCCGGUUCGACUGGAAAGCCCAAGGGUGUUAUGCACACUACUGCUGGUUAUCUGCUGGGUGCUGCCAUGACCGGCAAGUACGUGUUUGAUAUCCAUGAAGAUGACCGCUACUUCUGCGGUGGUGAUGUGGGUUGGAUCACUGGCCACACUUACGUCGUGUACGCACCUCUACUUUUGGGUUGUGCUACCGUUGUUUUCGAAUCCACUCCCGCCUAUCCCAACUGCUCUCGUUACUGGGAUGUCAUUGAUAAGUACGACGUGACUCAAUUCUACGUUGCCCCUACCGCUCUCCGUUUGUUGAAGCGCGCUGGUGAUGAGCACAUUCACCAUGAGAUGAAGCACCUCCGUAUCCUGGGCUCUGUUGGUGAACCUAUUGCCGCCGAAGUUUGGAAGUGGUACUUCGAAGCUGUUGGCAAGGAAAAGGCCCAUGUUUGCGAUACUUACUGGCAAACCGAGACUGGGUCUAACGUGAUCACUCCUCUUGGUGGUAUUACCCCCACCAAGCCUGGUAGUGCUUCUCUGCCUUUCUUUGGUAUCGAGCCUGCUAUUAUCGACCCAGUCUCUGGUGAGGAGAUCACUGGAAACGACGUUGAGGGUGUCUUGGCCUUUAAGCAACCCUGGCCCAGCAUGGCCCGUACCGUUUGGGGUGCACACAAGCGCUACAUGGAUACCUACCUGAAUGUGUACAAGGGGUACUACUUCACUGGUGAUGGCGCUGGUCGUGAUCACGACGGAUACUACUGGAUCCGCGGGCGUGUGGAUGACGUUGUCAAUGUUUCUGGCCACCGCUUGUCCACAGCUGAGAUUGAGGCUGCUUUGCUUGAGCACCCCAUGGUUGCCGAGGCUGCUGUCGUUGGUAUCUCUGACGAGUUGACCGGCCAGGCUGUCAAUGCUUUCGUUGCCCUGAAGGAGGGUAAUGAGACAAACGACCAGGUGCGCAAGGAUCUGGUCAUGCAAGUUCGCAAGUCCAUUGGUCCUUUCGCUGCCCCUAAGGCUGUCUUCGUUGUGGAUGAUCUCCCCAAGACCCGCAGUGGAAAGAUUAUGCGCCGCAUUCUGCGCAAGAUCCUCAGUGGCGAGGAGGACAGCUUGGGUGAUACUUCAACUCUUUCUGACCCCUCCGUUGUUGACACAAUUAUCGCGACCGUCCAUGCUGCUCGUCAGAAGUGA